GGCACAUGACGUGUGAUGUGUUAAGCUGCUAGCGUUGACGAAGCGCACAAGCUAGCGCGCCAGUUAGUUCGGUCUCGCGUUUCACUGCGGUUGUACUCUGGUAGCUGCCAACAUCUAUAGCAGUCUUCGAAGUUAUAUAAUACUCGUGGCGAAAAUGAAGAGACUUCUGAGCUUUCUCACACUACUCUUUGUUGCCUGCCAAAUGUGCACAAUGCAACAAGCUGUCGUGACUGCAACUGAUCAAUCUGGCCGCGUGUCCGGUGUGCACCCGUUGAGCGGCGAUGUCAGCCCCUAUGCGAGAGAACAGAUGGGUCCGAGGCUUGACACCUGUCAACAGGACUUCGUUCAGCCGGUCGCCGAUUUUAUUCUCCGCGUCUUCAGAAGUCAGACUAUAAAACGAGGAAAGCAGCAAGUCAAGAUACCAGAUGUCCACAAGACCAAGUUCAAGGGUGUCGGCCCCAUUGGUUUUACAGUCCGCUUUGAUGCCACAGAAGGCUGGCUGAGGGAUCUAUCCUCCCUACGGCGGGUCGGAAACGUAAGCAUAUCCCGUUAUGGCAACAAUGUAGUAAUGGAAUUCGGCGCGGGUCUGCAAAAAAUGGAGUUCGGUUAUGAUAAGUACGAUCUCAAGGCUGGCCCUUUCUCGGCCAAAGGUCAUAUUAGUGGGGAAGUUUUCAACAGUUCAGUAACGGUCAGGGUCUCAAUGGACGUCGGUGGUGAAACGUGCAGUCUCGUUCUACUGGACGUGAAGAUCAGCAUACCCGGAGAGAUUAAAAUGCAAGCGACAGGAAUGGGGAUGCUGAACAUGUUUUAUUCACAAAUUAUGUCGUCAGUCACCAAGAAAUUGGAAGAGGGCCUGCCCAAAGCGGAGGCUAGUCUUAGCAGGAGCAUUCAAGAAGUUUUUCAGAAGCUGCGCUGCGACGACGAACAUGGUCUUAUUUAAUAUGUCGUUUGACGAAUCAGCGAGGAAUGUAGUAUAUAGUCCGACAAGUUUUCAUUCCUCUGAAGUAUUACUCGUGUGUCUGUCAGAUUGUGAAAAUGGGGAUGACUACGCAUGGACGUAAAAUUAGACUUAAGUGCUGAAGUCAGACGAAGAAAUAAGUUUCUGUGAAAUAUGACGGAGAAGUAACUUCUUCGUAACUUUUAAAUGUAAAAUCA